AUGAGUCGCCUUCAAGCCAAAUACGAAUACUGUCUACCAAUCUCCGGUCGAAAGGACACGCCGUUGUGUACUGCAGCCGACAGAAUGGACUUGCUGAAUGUACAGACCACGACAAUAUGCUACGCCAGUGUACUGCACAUGCUACUGUUGGAAGUGUACGAAGAGCUUCAAGCCACGAGAAACACGCCGUUCCUCGCGUUCGGCUCACUAUUAGGCGCUGUACGGAACCAGUCCAUCAUUCCAUUCACAGAAGACGUCGAUAUCGGCUAUGUGGGUGACAUAGUCGCAGCCGAGAAGGUCAAGCUCGCUCUACGGAAGAAAGGUUACCACAUGUUCUUUCUGGAUAUUUGGCGCGUAUGUGUGGCGCCGACUCAUCCGCUGGCUGGGCGUCUGUACGACCCGAAUGUUCCGAUUUCUGAGAGCUUCGCCGUGCCGUAUGUGGACCUAUACAAGAUGACACAGACGGUAAGCGGAGACUGGGAUAUGCAGGAGCUGCAAGGCAGCAACGGACGGAUUCUUCCCUAUAAGAAGGUGUGGCCGUUCUCGCAAGCCACAGUCAAUGGGAUGACGUUCGAGACGGUGCGGGACCCGCAUUUCUUCUUAACGGAGGCCUACGGAUCGGAUUACUUGACGCCGAAGCCGCGAAAUGAAUCGGCAGAAUCGCUAGAGCCUCGAGCUCCCAUGUAUCCAUAG